GUCACAUGACACGCCUUCGUCACGUGGUGCAUGCCGGCCUAGCGUGCGUAACGUAUCGUCAUGUGAGGCGUUUUGCUUGCGCGUCAAUACUCCCAGCGUCUACUUGUACAUGUCUAUGGCGGGGCGGAUCUGCUAGCUGGCUGUGCUUCUGUGUAUUCAUCUUGUUUCACACCCGUGUUUUUGAUAUGGCGGACGGUGAGCGAUCACCGUUAUUGUCGGAUCUCGGUGACGGAGGUAAUGGCGGUGUGUUACCUGGAAUUACGCCGUAUGGCCUGCCAACCAAACCGCAAAGUUUCCCGCCCUUUCCGAGCCCCUCCCAGCCCUCUGUGCUGCCAGGUGAAGACCCCCCCCCAUACUCCCCCCUCACCUCUCCGGAGAGCGGGAGUGCGCCGGUCAUCAGCUGCAGAGUGUGCCAGAGCCUCAUCAGCGUGGAGGGCAAGAUCCACCAGCAUGUGGUCAAGUGUGGGGUGUGCAACGAAGCCACUCCGAUUAAAAAUGCUCCUCCAGGGAAGAAGUAUGUGCGCUGUCCCUGUAACUGCCUGCUCAUCUGCAAGAUCACCUCCCAACGCAUUGCCUGCCCCCGCCCAUACUGUAAGAGGAUAAUAAAUCUGGGUCCAGUCCACCCGGGCCCGGCCAGCCCCGACCCGCAGCCCGCUGGAGCGCGGGUCACCUGUGGGCACUGCAGUAACACCUUUCUGUGGACAGAGUUCACAGACCGAACACUGGCCCGAUGCCCUCACUGCCGGAAAGUCUCUUCCAUAGGUCGAAGAUACCCGAGGAGGCGGAGCUUAUGGUGCUUCCUGCUGUGUUUUCUCUUCAGCAUUGCCACAGCCGGCCUGGUGGCUGGAACAUGGAAACAGGCUCAGCGUUACGGAGGAAUCUACGCUUCCUGGGCCUUCCUCCUCCUGCUGGUCCUGCUCAGUCUGGCCAGAGCUCUGUACUGGGUCUGCAUGAGAAUCAGCCAGCCCAUACACAGCCUGACAUAGAGAGAGAGGGGAGAGAGGAGGGGAGGGGAGGGGAGGGGAGGGGAAGGGAAGGGAAGGGGAGGGGAGGGGGGGGGGGCGGAGGGGCGGUGUGUGGGUGAGAUGGUGAGGGAUGGAUGGAUGGAUGGAUGGAUGAAUGGAUAGAGAUUGUUAAAGAAUGCAUACACACGGGCAGGUAAACCCUGAAACUGCGUUCAGCCUGAUGUACAAACAGGACUCGUAAUUCUGUGAGGGCAAAUUGCAUUUCUCCCUUCCUUGAACUGCCCCUAACCCUGACCCGUAUGCCCUGGCCCUUGUGCUGUAUUCUCCCACAGCUAUAAUCCACUGUUUCAUUCCAUUUUAUUCAGCAUUAUCUAUUUUUUAUUUUUUAGAGGUGCAGUAAAAUGCCCCACGACUUGCUUGUUUUGCCCUCAGUCUCCCUCUCAGUCCUCCUGCUCCACACCCCUAACCUGCCCCCAUGGGUGAACCCUAAAACAAAUCUGUCCUGAACCCUGUCUGUAGUCUGUCUCUCUGAGUGAUAUGUUCUGCUCUUAUUAAAUUACAUCCACAAGUACAUGGAUACACACAGUAGCACACUCUCUCGCACACUCACACACUAGCAUGCACGCUCUCGCACACUAGCACACGAUCUCACACACUCACACGCUAGCAUGCACGCUCUCGUGCAUAGCAUGCAUGCUCUCGCACACUCACACACUAGCACACGCACUCACACACGCACACGCCCACACACCAACACACACGCUCACACACUAGCAAGCACGCAUGCCAUCACACGCACUCAUUCACACACACACGCCCACACACUAAAACACACGCUCACACACUAGCAUGCACACACACUAACACGCACACUUACACACACACGCACUCACACACACGCACAUGCUCACACACACAGGCAUAUUCACACAUGCACACACACUCAACCACACUCUCUCGCACAUACACACACGCACACACACACACACAGAGCAGCAGCAUAGCCUUCCUGAAGUGCUAACCAUGUUUUUUGUAAAUUUAAAUAUUAUUUUUUAUUGCUGUAUCAAUUGUACAUAAUUGUUUUAUUUUGGUAUUUUAAUCUUCAUUUGAAGAAACAUGUUGCACUACAUCUAUGGAUAAAUCAUUUACAGAAUUCUGUUUUGGUAAUUUUCAUUCUUGUACAUUCUUUUUUUAAAAAUAUAUAGAAUAUUGUUGGUUACUAACCACUGUGAACUUGACUGCUGAGCGUGUGUGUGUGUGUGAGUGUGUGUGUGUGUGUACACAUUCGUGUGCGUGAGUGUGUGUGCGUGUUUGGGUGAGGAAGUAGGAUUGGCAUUACCCAGCAGAUGUAAAUAUUCUGUGCUUACCUGUGCUUGCCUUGGUAAUCAGGUGGGGAGGAGAGUUCUGUACUAAUGAAAGUCAUUGUGAAUUAUAAAAUUAUGAUCAUGGCAUUGGUGAAGAUUUUAAUAUUAACGUCAUAAGAAUGGAGUCAUUAAUUAGGAUUGAAUUGUAGCUGUGGAAUUACUACACUGAUUCUCUCAAUGAGCACAAGGUUUGAGAUGAUCGUUGUGAAAAUAGUUCUGUGAAGAGAUGGACUACAUGCACACUGAGGCCUCACUGCCCUGUGAAAGCAUGCUCUGUGAAAGCUCGCUCUCUGAAAGCUCGCUGUCUGAAAGCGGGCUCUGUGAAAGCAGGCUCUGUGAAAGCCGGCUCUGUGAAAGCAGGCUCUGUGAAAGCGGCUCUGCUCUUGAAGCCGUGUCUGAAAGCGGGCUCUGUGAAAGCUCGCUGUCUGAAAGCGGGCUCUGUGAAAGCAGGCUCUGUGAAAGCGGGCUCUCUGAAAGCAGGCUCUGUGAAAGCCGGCUCUGUGAAAGCAGGCUCUGUGAAAGCUCGCUGUCUGAAAGCGGGCUCUGUGAAAGCUCGCUCUCUGAAAGCGGGCUCUGUGAAAGCGGGCUCUCUGAAAGCGGGCUCUGUGAAAGCUUGCUGUCUGAAAGCGGGCUCUGUGAAAGCGGGCUCUGUGAAAGCGGGCUCUGUGAAAGCUUGCUGUCUGAAAGCAGGCUCUCUGAAAGCGGGCUCUGAAAGCGGGCUCUGUGAAAGCUUGCUGUCUGAAAGCGGGCUCUGAAAGCGGGCUCUGUGAAAGCUUGCUGUCUGAAAGCGGGCUCUGAAAGCGGGCUCUGUGAAAGCUUGCUGUCUGAAAGCGGGCUCUGUGAAAACGGGCUCUGAAAGCAGGCUCUGUUAAAGCAGGCUCUGUUAAAGCAGGCUCUGUGAAAGCUCGCUGUCUGAAAGCAGGCUCUCUGAAAGCGGGCUCUGUGAAAGCGGGCUCUGAAAGCGGGCUCUGUGAAAGCUCGCUGUCUGAAAGCGGGCUCUGUGAAAGCUCGCUGUCUGAAAGCGGGCUCUGUGAAAGCUCGCUGUCUGAAAGCGGGCUCUGUGAAAGCUCGCACUCUGAAAGCAGGCUCUGUGAAAGCUUGCUGUCUGAAAGCAGGUUCUGUGAAAGCUCGCUGUCUGAAAGCAGGCUCUCUGAAAGCAGGCUCUGUGAAAGCAGUCUCUGUGAAAGCAGUCCAGUGCUUCUGUAUCUGUGUUCUACAGCCAUGUCCUGAGUGAGGAGCAUCACUGAUAAUAAACGCUGCUCUUUUCAUA